AUGGCCAGAGACGGCAGACAUGAUACAGGAGAUGGUCAGAGACUGCAGAUGUGAUACAAGCGAUGUUUAGAGACUGUGGACAUGAUACAGGAGAUGGUCAGAGACUGCAGACGUGAUACAGGAGAUGGUCAGAGACUGCAGACAUGAUACAGGAGAUGGUCAGAGACUGCAGACAAGAUGCAGGAGAUGGUCAGAGACUGCAGACGUGAUACAGGAGAUGGUCAGAGACUGCAGACGUGAUACAAGCGAUGUUCAGAGACUGUGGACAUGAUACAGGAGAUGGUCAGAGACUGCAGACGUGACACAAGC